UGUCAAUCUCACUCGUGUUCCGUCGUUACACUGUGUGAGGCUUCAGUCAGCAAAAAUGCGUGAGUGUAUCAGUGUGCACAUUGGUCAGGCUGGCGUUCAGAUUGGCAAUGCUUGCUGGGAGCUGUAUUGUCUGGAACAUGGCAUCCAGCCGGAUGGCUCCAUGCCUUCCGACAAGGCCAUUGGAGGCGGUGACGAUUCGUUCAACACCUUCUUCAGUGAGACUGGUGCCGGCAAGCACGUCCCGAGGGCAGUCUUCGUCGACCUUGAACCUACUGUAGUUGAUGAAGUGCGGACUGGCACCUACCGACAGCUGUUCCACCCAGAGCAGCUCAUUACAGGCAAGGAGGAUGCUGCCAAUAACUAUGCCCGUGGACACUACACCAUUGGUAAGGAGAUCGUCGACCUGGUGCUGGACCGUAUCAGAAAGCUUGCCGACCAGUGCACAGGGCUCCAGGGUUUCCUCAUCUUCCACUCAUUUGGUGGUGGCACUGGUUCAGGCUUCACGUCUCUCCUCAUGGAGCGACUUUCUGUUGACUACGGCAAGAAGAGCAAACUCGAGUUCUCCAUCUACCCUGCCCCACAGGUGUCUACAGCUGUAGUUGAGCCCUACAAUUCUAUCCUGACAACCCACACCACUCUUGAACAUUCCGACUGCGCCUUCAUGGUUGACAACGAAGCCAUCUACGACAUUUGCCGCAGGAACUUGGACAUCGAACGACCCACCUACACUAAUCUAAACAGACUCAUUGGCCAGAUUGUUUCCUCUAUCACUGCUUCCCUUAGGUUUGAUGGUGCCCUUAAUGUUGACCUGACAGAGUUCCAGACCAAUCUGGUGCCAUACCCACGUAUUCACUUCCCUCUGGCCACUUAUGCCCCUGUGAUAUCUGCCGAGAAGGCCUACCAUGAACAGUUGUCCGUGGCAGAGAUAACCAAUGCCUGUUUCGAACCUGCCAACCAGAUGGUGAAGUGUGAUCCCCGUCACGGGAAGUACAUGGCUUGCUGCAUGUUGUACCGAGGUGAUGUGGUGCCCAAGGACGUCAAUGCUGCCAUCGCAUCCAUCAAGACAAAGAGGACCAUCCAGUUCGUUGAUUGGUGCCCCACGGGUUUCAAGGUGGGAAUCAACUACCAGCCUCCAACGGUGGUUCCUGGUGCUGACCUGGCCAAGGUGUCCCGUGCUGUGUGUAUGUUGUCCAACACCACUGCCAUUGCUGAGGCCUGGGCGCGCCUUGACCACAAGUUUGACUUGAUGUAUGCUAAGCGUGCCUUUGUCCACUGGUAUGUGGGUGAAGGUAUGGAGGAGGGAGAGUUCUCAGAAGCCCGUGAGGAUCUGGCUGCUCUUGAGAAGGACUAUGAGGAAGUGGGUGUUGACUCCACCGAAGCUGAAGAUGAGGAAGGUGGCGAAGAAUAUUAGGACAGAAUAAAUGAAGAAGAAAAGUGAGAAGACUGCCAGACGCAAGUGCCUAAAGCUAUGGGGGCAAGGAGGAAGAGGGUAGUAGAUGGCUCCAACAAGCUCUUGGCCCAAAGAUUAGAUUAAGUUAACAAAGUUAUACAGAUUGAAUGUAAUACUGUAAUGAAAAGGUACCCUAGUUGACUGGGAGGGUUUGGGGUUUCUUAAUCAUCCUGUACAUCCCUGUUUAAUCAUUGAGAUACAUGUACAUUUCAUUUAAUAUGGCGGCACAAGAAGUUGAAAUUUCAUUAAAAGGUAAUUUACUUAAGUUUUUUUUUCCGUCUCUUAAAUGAGCCAAAGUUUGUCAAGGAAAGUAGCUUAUCAUACAUAUUACAUCAUGUUAUGUAAUUCCCAUAAACAAGUUUUAUUUUUUUUAGAAAUUUUCUUUUAUAAGGAAUAAUACUCUGGGUGGCUUUUGAAAACAGCAUUUAUACAGUAGUUACAACACCGUCUAGUCAGGUAGAGGUGAGACCUACCUACCUCCCAUGCUCACUCUACCACUGGAAUUCUCAAUCAGAAAGACAAUCGUUGACUUGUAAUUCUUACUCAUAUUGGCCAUCCAAUAAACAGUAACAGAUCAAAAAA